GAGCUGACAGCCCGUGCAAUGCCAGCAGCAUUUCCAUUCCAACACCGUGCCGGAGCUGAAUAAAGGUACCUUUCAAAAACAGAAAAAAGCCGAAGGGAAUACAGCAAGACAGCUGUCUUUUUCUCCUGGCUUUGACAAUGGAGCGAAAAAUAAACAGAAGAGAAAAGGAAUACGAAGAAAAACAGAGCAACUCGGAAGGCUCCGAUCAAGACAAGGACUGUAAGACGUCUCUGAUUACUCUGAAUGUUGGUGGCUAUCUGUAUAUCACACAGAAACAAACGCUAACCAAGUAUCCAGAUUCUUUUCUUGAAGGUGUGAUAAACGGAAAAAUAAUGUGUCCAUUUGAUGCAGAUGGUCACUAUUUCAUAGACAGAGAUGGACUUCUUUUCAGACACAUCCUAAACUUCCUACGAAAUGGAGAACUUCUUCUACCAGAAGGGUUUCGAGAAAAUCAACUUUUGGCACAAGAAGCAGAUUUUUUUCAGCUUAAAGUACUAUCAGAUGCCGUGAAAUCAAGGUGGGAGAAGGAACAGCUAGCAUCCAGAGAGACUACUUUCCUGGAAAUCACUGACAGCCAUGACCGUUCACAAGGUCUUAGGAUCUUUUGUAAUGCUCCGGAUUUCAUUGCAAAAAUAAAAUCUAGAAUAGUUCUGGUGUCCAAAAGCAGGCUGGAUGGAUUUCCGGAGGAGUUUUCAGUAUCUUCAAAUAUCAUCCAAUUCAAGUACUUCAUAAAGUCGGAAAACGGUACACGACUUGUAUUGAAGGAGGACAACACCUUUGUCUGCACCCUGGAAACUCUAAAGUUUGAGGCUAUAAUGAUGGCUUUAAAAUGUGGAUUUAGACUGCUGACCAGCCUGGAUUGUUCAAAAGGGUCAAUUGUUCACAGCGAUGCACUUCAUUUUAUCAAGUAAUUACAAGGGCAAAGGAAAUGAGCACGCAGCCACUAAACCUUGUUCAACUACAGCAUCCUGGCAUCACAAACAAUGUAUCUAACCAGCCUUGUACCACAGAGCUCUGCUGCUAAUCAAUUAAUGUGAGCUAAUGGUAUGUAAAUCUCAUAAGGACAUCCAUCUCUGGGUUACUUAAGCUGAAUGAAGAUUUUAUGCCUAAAUUUAAUAAAAAUGAUCUGCUCAACACUGUAAACACAGACUGCUUUAUGCUAUUUGUAAUACGUGUUUUCUUCAUGCUGCCUUUCAACCACAGUCUAGCAAAAUUUCUGUGUACUUGUAUGACUAACAUGCAUACACCUAAUUGCUCUGCUGAACAGCAGUGAGAGUAUUUUCAUAUAAUAUGCAAGCUUAAAAUAUGUUUUGCUUAUAACGAAUUCAGAAUGGAUCUUAACUGGAAUAAAUGAUUUUGAAUAUUCA